CUUCCGCUCCUGCGCCGCGAGCCUUCGUGAGGAUUUGCCUGCCGCGCUCUGGGGCCUGUGACAGGCAUCUCCCUCCACCGGAAAGGGUGGGCGAAGGGAGCUGCCGCAUCCGGCGAUCUGUGUCACAGCGGCCCGGAACACUGAGAUUAGGUUUCCUGAGGCGGAGGGUCAGGCAGCGAGUGCGGCGCACCGAGGCUCAUGACCGUCCAGAUCCUUGGCCCGCGGGGACGGAUCGGUCGCCCCUGCAGUGGUCCAGAGGCUAUCACUAGCAGAGAGAGUGUCCUGUGCGGCCAGCGUGCGAAGAUAUGGAUCACAAACUUUCACAGUUGAUAGAGGAGCUCACAACGUCAGGAGAAUCCCAACUGAAUGCUCAGAAAAUGAAGGAACUGAAGAAAAUUUGCAAGUCUUCAGAGGAGCAGCUGAGCCACGCCUACCACCUGCUGAAGACACAGCUGACCCAGGACCAUGCUGAGAUCCGCCUCUCAGCCUUCCAGAUCGUGGAUGAGCUCUUCGCCAGGUCUCAUCAGUUCAGAGUGCUGCUUGUUUCUGACUUCCAGGAAUUCCUGGAGCUCACACUGGGCACAGAUAACGAGCAUCCCCUACCACCCCCACGGGAGGCAGCUCAGAGGCUAAAGCAGGCAGCCAUGCAGGCUGUGGAAGGUUGGAAUGAGAAGUUUGGGGAGGCCUAUAAGAAGCUAGCCUUGGGCUACCACUUCCUAAAACACAUCAAAAAGGUGGAUUUUCGGGAUGUCAAUGCUAGGUCUUUGGCAGAAAGGAAGCGAGAAGAGGAGAAACAGAAGCACUUGGAUAAAAUCCACAAAGAAAGUGCUGAACGGGCUAAGAGAGAAAUGGAAGAAAUGUCUGAUGAAAUUGGAUACAGCCUGACAGAAGUGGAGAACUGCUUUAACUCACUGCUGUGCCCCUUGGACUUGUGGCCCAUAUCCAAGGAAUAAUUCUUUGGUGAGGCAUCUGGCAUAACAGAGGGCCAUGUUCCUUGCGUCUUGAGUCCAGAUCUGGCAACUUCUCGUGAGUCUGGUCUCCCUUUAUCUCAGAAUGAAGAGCAGCCAUGCUGUAGCAAGGACCUGGUUGACUCUGCAUACCAUGUAGAUCUGUUGUUGAUCGGAAGGCGUUGGCCAACAGCCACACAAGACCCCUCCAGGGAUGAGGAUGAGCACAGUGACCCAGAGGAGUUCCUGAGGAGCCAUGGGCUAGGAUCCCAGUACACACUGGAUGUGGAACUCCCCUCAGAUGGUCUGAAGGUGCAAGAGAAUGAAGACAACCUUGCUGUCCUCCAUGCUGCUAGAGAUUCGGUCAAACUCAUCCAAAACAAGUUUCUGCCAACUGUGUGCUCCUGGGUCCAGAGGUUUACCCGUGCAGGGAUCUACAGUGAACACUUAAAGCAGGCCAUUGACCUGAAAAUGAAAUUGGAGCUUGCUCUGAAGAAAUGUGAGGAACUGAACAUCAAGCCUGAGAGAGAGCCGAGGAGUAGGACAGAAGCCCUGGAGGACAGUGAGGAUGAGGACCAGGACUUUGUGGAAGUCCCAGAGAAAGAAGGUUAUGAACCUCGAAUUCCUGACCACCUCCGGGCUGAAUAUGGGCUGGAGCCGGAGGCCCCACUGAAGACUCUAGAGAAGGGCACAGCUGUGUGCAGCUUACAGGAGAGGACAAGGAUGAGAAAGGAAGAGGAGGCAUCAGACCCCACCUCUGCAGCUGCCCAGCUGUUGCGGCUCCAGGAAUGCUUGCCAUCCACCUCAUCCUCCUCUCCCGGGGUACCUCUGGGGCCAGAGGAAGCCCAGAAGCAGGCAGAGCGGGCCCGAGCACCCGUUGUACCCUUCGGAGUGGACCUGUGUUACUGGGGCCAGGAGAACCUAACGGCUGGAAAGAUCCUUAAAUCUGACUCUCAACACCGCUUCUGGAAACCCAGCGAGGUAGAGGAGGAGGUGGACAGUGCCCAUGUUUCUGAGAUGCUGCAUAGCCGGCACAUUACCUUUGCAGGGAAGUUUGAGCCUGUGCAGCACCAGUGCCGGGCCCUGAAGCCUAAUGGCAGGCUCUGUGAGCGCCAGGAUCGGCUGAAGUGCCCAUUCCAUGGGAAGAUCAUCCCCAGAGAUGACAAGGGGCAGCCUCUCAACCCAGAGGACAGAGCCCGUGAACAAAGGCAGCAGUUCCAGCAGCAGCAGGCAUGUCCAGGUUGGCAGGACCCUGAGUUUAUGAAGGAUGUGGAGGCAGCCACAGGGGUGGACCUCGGCUCAUCCAAGUAUAGCAAGAAGGGCAAAGGGAAAAAGAAGAAGCACCCUAACCUCACCGACCUGCGAGAGCGUGCCAACACCAGCCGGGCCCGCCUGGAGAAGAAGGUCUUUGCCAAGGCAGCCGUGCAAAGAGUAGUUGCUGCCAUGAACCAGAUGGACCGGAAGAAACAUGAGAAGUUCGCAAACCAGUUUAAUUAUGCACUGAAUUGAAAGGGUGUGGGUGAAUGUGCUGUGGUCCCCUUUGGCCUUCAGCUUACUAGGAUAGGAGAAUAGGGUUAGGUCUGGGUAAAUCAGAAUUUGUCUUUUAUGAGUGUAAGUAACAAUGGAAAGUGAUACAUUAAAACACUCUACAGGAAGCCAGGGAAUGUAGCUUAGUGGUAAGGCCAGAGUAUGGUUCCAACGAUUCUAACCAUGCAUAUGGCACCACACCUAUGAUCCCAGCACUUGGGGACGUAAACAGAACUGUGAGUUUUAAGCCAGUAUGGAUUAGAAAGGCUGCUUGAAAAGCAGCAAAAAGCUGUAUGAGGUGACGUGCACCUGUAAUCCCAGCACUUCGGAGGCAGAGCAGAGAAUCAACGCAAGGUUAAAAACCAGCCGAGUAUAUGUAGUCAGUUACAGGCCAGCCAGACUUCAAAAGGAGGGUGUGUUUCUAGAGGCAGGGAGCCCCUCAGCAGCGCCUACAGCAUUGGAGUUCAGGGGUCAAGGCAGGUACCCCAUCUGGUUGCAGGUCAGGCCUUGGGCAUAAGUGUGUCUCCAUUAGGGCUAUGUACUUACGAUGGCUUUCGAGACCUACCCUUUCAUGCACACACUGUUUAAUACAGAUGCACAGCUCUUGGCACAGACCUCUGUGCCAUGGCUCUGUUGAACCCUCACUCCCAUGUCAGCUUGCUAGUAUAGGCGCAGAUGUGUGGCUAGUGA